AUGGACGAUUAUCAGAAACUUGUCGUGACUCAAUUCUUCAAUCCACUGCCGAACCUCUCCCAGGAAUCUUGUCAUCAGUUCGUGUUGCACCAUAUUGUGCCGACACUUCCUAAAACUUCUGGCAAAACAGAAGUUAAACCUAGUCCUUUUCAGGGAAGCAUGAGCUAUACUGCUAUAGUAUAUCUUCAUUCCACGCAUACCGACUAUCGAAUUGUCGUUCAGUUCCGGAGCGAAAAGCAAGACCUAUCCGCAGUCGCCGAAGCUACUCGCAUCCAUGGACAUAUUGUACCCAUGGUUACAUACCAGGGCAUGUAUGAAGGACUCUUUGUGUAUACAUCACCUUUUGCAGCAGGCACGCCCUAUAUCAGUGUCUUGAUGUCUUCUGAGGACUUUGAACUGCCGCUCUGGAAGAAGAUGACGACUAUUUUAGACCUUGCAGAUCUUGUGACUCGGGGAGCCAGAGCGAACAAAGAUAUUUUCGAUACCACCAUAGUCAAGCUUGCCUCUACUCUUGACAAAAUCCAGCAUACAAUCAAUAACUACACAUUUCGAAACACAUCUCUCAAAAACAGCAUUUCUGCUUGCAUCAGCAAAGUCUUGCCCCAACUGCGCGAUCUCGUUGUUCUCCCCAUCACACUCACCCAUCAGGACCUUGCCCCAUUCAAUUACCUUAUAGAUCCGUCCACAGGCCGGAUCAAAGCUGUACUUGACUGGGAUGGCGCUGUUUAUCUUCCGGUUGGGUCAAACUUUCACUUUGUGGAUAGCCUUUUGGGUUUCAUGACCCCAAAAGGGUGGCAAGACACGGAGGAUCGUCACGACCUUGAAGCAGCUUUUUAUGAUCGGGCUCUGUGUAGUCUAGCGGCACAAGGACACAAGAAUGUAACAAAGGAACAGUUGGAGUCACAGAAGGCGAUUGGAAUGUUACUCUAUGGUGUGGAACGGCUUCUCAAGUUCAAAGACGAACGAUCUGAGCAUUAUCUAGAUGGUUAUCUUCGGGGGUUAUCCUUCAUUGACCAGCCCGUAUGA